GACCGUAGCCCCGGCCUUCACGGAACUGUCUUUUCUCCGUGCGUCUCGUCGGCCUCUCGCCUUUCAGCCACCUGCGCGUCCGUCAUCCCCGUCCCGGGGUCUCCCCGGAGCCCUGUGCGCCAUGCGGCUCCUGCCUCUGGCCCCAGGUGGGCCCCGGCGGGGCAACCCCCGUCACCUGACUUUCUGCAGCCCAGCUCUGCUGCUGUUGGUGCUGGGCCGCUGCCUGGGGGUCUCCGGGGAGGCGGCGGGUUCUCGGAGGCCUAAUGUGGUGCUGCUCCUCACCGACGACCAGGACGAAGUGCUCGGCGGCAUGACACCACUAAAGAAAACCAAGGCUCUCAUUGGAGAGAUGGGGAUGACUUUCUCCAGUGCUUAUGUGCCAAGUGCUCUUUGCUGCCCCAGCAGAGCCAGUAUCCUGACAGGGAAGUACCCACAUAAUCAUCAUGUUGUUAACAACACUUUAGAGGGAAACUGCAGUAGUAAAUCUUGGCAGAAGAUCCAAGAACCAAAUACUUUUCCAGCAAUUCUCAGAUCGAUGUGUGGUUACCAGACCUUUUUUGCAGGGAAAUAUUUAAAUGAGUAUGGGGCCCCGGAUGCAGGUGGUCUAGAACACAUUCCUCUGGGCUGGAGUUACUGGUUUGCUCUGGAAAAGAAUUCUAAAUACUAUAAUUACACCCUCUCUAUCAAUGGGAAGGCACGGAAGCAUGGUGAAAACUACAGUGUGGACUACCUGACAGAUGUUUUGGCUAAUGUCUCCUUGGACUUUCUGGACUACAAAUCCAACUCUGAGCCCUUCUUCAUGAUGAUCUCCACUCCAGCACCUCAUUCACCUUGGACAGCAGCACCUCAAUACCAGAAGACUUUCCAGAACGUCUUUGCACCAAGAAACAAGAACUUCAACAUUCAUGGAACGAACAAGCACUGGUUAAUUAGGCAAGCCAAGACUCCAAUGACUAAUUCUUCAAUGCAGUUUUUAGAUAAUGCAUUUAGGAAAAGGUGGCAAACUCUACUCUCAGUUGAUGACCUCGUGGAGAAACUGGUCAAGAGAUUGGAGUUUACUGGGGAGCUCAACAACACUUACAUCUUUUACACCUCAGAUAAUGGUUAUCACACAGGACAGUUUUCUUUGCCAAUAGACAAAAGACAGCUGUAUGAGUUUGAUAUCAAAGUUCCACUAUUGGUUCGAGGGCCUGGGAUCAAACCAAAUCAGACAAGCAAGAUGCUCGUUGCCAACAUUGACUUGGGUCCUACUAUUUUGGACAUCGCUGGCUAUAGCCUGAAUAAGACACAGAUGGAUGGGAUGUCCUUAUUGCCCAUUUUGAGAGGUGCCAGUAAUUUGACCUGGCGAUCAGAUGUCCUAGUGGAAUAUCAAGGAGAAGGCCGCAACGUCACUGACCCAACAUGUCCUUCCCUGAGUCCUGGCGUAUCUCAAUGUUUCCCAGACUGUGUAUGUGAAGAUGCUUAUAACAACACCUAUGCUUGUGUGAGGACAAUGUCAGCAUUGUGGAAUUUACAGUAUUGUGAGUUUGACGACCAAGAGGUGUUUGUAGAAGUCUAUAAUCUGACUGCAGACCCAGACCAAAUCACUAACAUUGCUAAAAGUAUAGACCCAGAACUUUUAGGAAAGAUGAACUAUCGGUUAAUGAUGUUACAGUCCUGUUCUGGGCCAACCUGUCGCACUCCAGGGGUUUUUGACCCGGGUUACAGGUUUGACCCUCGUCUCAUGUUCAGCAAUCAUGGCAGUGUCAGGACUCGAAGGUUUUCAAAACAUUCUCUGUAGUGACUGCGCCCAGCCUCUGCAGUUGGAUCCCUGCACGCCUCUUUCUGAUGAAGUGAUCAUAGUAGGUGUUUGUAGAUAGUCUUCAAGCCCAUGCCUGGAAGAGUUUCUGGACUGGUUUUGUUUGAAGUCCUGUUUGAAAAAGCAACCCAAUCAGCUGACUUCCUUGUGCAGCGUGUUAAACUGUGAACUCUACCCAUAUGUCAGGAGUGUCUAUCCCUGUCUCUUCCUUCUGCUGAUAACGAACACUCCCCAGAUCUUUGUUCUCACCAUGUCCUUUCUGUCUUGGAGCCACAGUUCUUGAUUAUUCCCCAUGUGGUCAAAGUCUGAAUUUGUAAACCCAUUCAGAUAAAUGGCAAUCUCUUAGGGCAAAAAAAAAAAAUCCACAAAACACCUUUUGGUUCAUAGCUUGACCUUAAAUGAAAGGACCUGCAUAGCAUUUCAGAUUGAGCACUUCACUAUCAAAAAUACUAACGUCACGUGGCUUAAAGAAUAACAAUCAGAGCCGAAUGAUCUGAUUUAGAGCAAGUACCAUUGUUUUUAGAUAAAUAGAGAUAUAGUUUAUAACAUCCAUCACAGUGUGAUAAGGUUGCAAAUUCAAAACUUGUCAAGCAAGCUCUGUUUGUUUAUUUAUUUUUUUAGAAUUCUAAGCUGAUGCUGCUCUGAAAUAGCUUGUGGUAAAAGCUAAUUCCAGGUAGCUCUUGAGGGUGAUAGCUGUGUACUUUCCAGUGGCUGCUGACCACAUUGGAUGCCAGUUAGCAGCAGAAGUAUUAAAGAAAUGUCUCUUGAGAUUUUCCCCUCUGAGAUCUGAAAAAUGAAGUGGCUUAGGUACAUCAACGGGGGGAGACUGCAAAGGACUGGUGUUUUCUGAGGGCCUAUCUGCAGACAGGACUCUUGGGUUGGCAGGUGGAAGGGCUGUACUCGGGUGAAUGAAGUAAGUGCCUGUCCAGCAGGAAGCCUGAGUUUCAGUUCCUUGCAUGAAGUUGUUUGACUCUCUCUGCAUUUUGCUGUCAUUCUGUUACUUAAGAUGUAAAAAUUUCUUACAGUUGGUACAAAGGAUCAACUACUUUAUCCUACCUUCUCCCCUUUCAGAUAGGUUCUUUGUGAGUUUUUGGAGUCUUGAACAAUUAGGGCCCCACUCAGUACUCCCCUGUCAAAAUCAAAUCUGUUUAGAACACCCAUAUUUUUGUUUCUUGGCUCAAGAAUCAAUUCCGUUUCUAAUGUUUUCUUCACAAGUCUUGGUGGUGUGACAGCAGGGGAGGAGGAAGAGCUGUGGUUUAUAACUUGUUCAACUCAGGCAACAAGUGAUUUUAGCUUUACUUAAGGUCUUCAGUCAGGCUUUAAGCACUUUGUAAGACAUGGUUGUGAAUAACUUUUCUAUCAGAAUUUCCACACAGCCAUGUUGAGUUAAUAGCCAUUGGGUUUGUUCCUUUACCUCACAUGAUCCCAUCAACUGGUGGUAUCUAGAGGUGAAAUAGGCAAGCAGAAUGAACACCUCUGAUGUGAAUGUUUUAAAGAAGAAAAUUCUAAAAAUUUUGUAAUUAAAAGCAAACUACAUUGUUGAAUAUAUGGAUAUGAGCUUUAUUCUGCGUUUUGAUUCUAAUCAGUCAACUUCCACGUUAAUGAAAGUUGACCAUAGUUAUUCCCAAAUAAAAAGAAACCAACUCUUACCAGGUCUUGGACUGUGAUGUCAUAUUAUUCAGUUUUAUAAUGCUGGUUCCUGAAAGCAGGUGAUGUUUUAAGAGUGACAUGUCAGCUGCCGAUAGCAUCUCUGCCAUCUGUUCUUACGUGCAGCCGGUGUGUUUGGGUGGUGGGGAUGUGGUGAAGCCCUCUCUGAACCUCUUCUAUUUUUGGUACAUUUCCUAUUUAACCUUUGAAUAGACUCUAAUUUUUAUUUUUUCUUUUAGACUGGGUUUAUUCUGGAUCUGUGCUAAAAUAAUCUUUCAUAAAGAGACCACAGUUUAUAGCCUAAUAGACUACAAAAUGCACUGAUGUUUUCAGAAUAUUUAUGUACAAGGGACCCACUGCAAGAGGCUUGCCUUGUUCUCUUAAUUGGACUGAUUUUGAUUUUGAUUAAAUCAGUUUCCCUUUAAAGAAGGUCAGAUUCAUGUCCAUUGUGUCCUUCAGAAUAGAGAAUCAUAUAACCAUCAGGAACGAACAGAGGCCUUAGGAAUGAGAGAGAUUUUGCCUUAUAAGAUUUCCUAUUACAAGCUCUCCCUCAUAUACAGCUGCAAAUUAGGGAACACCUUUUGAGCAUCUUUGAAUUUGACAAAUGGUGCUAUUUGCAAACAUAUUUUGAUUGGCAACACUAGGGUUUUUGUACAAAAUAGUAGUGAUAGCCAUGGAAGUUAUAUUUUAAUCUGAGAAAUGUUCUUAAAUUUUUUAAGUGUCUAAAUUAAGGAUUAGUGCUUUUUUUAAUGAAAGACAGUAAGUUUUGUCCCAGGAUCCUUAUUAAGAGAAAACAAAGGAUAUUUCAGCUGACCAACCAAUGGAAUUAGAUGGGUAUAUUUGGGUUCUUUAGUUUUAUCACCAAUUAGUUUUUACUGAAUUUUGUAAAUUCCUAUGUUUGCAUCAUCUGUUCUUAGAAGUUAUUCUGCCCUGGCUCUGUGUCUUCUCAGUCAUUUGACUUAGAAAGUGCCCUUCAAAGGACCCUGUUCACUGCUGCACUUUUCAAUGAAUUAAAAUUUAUUUCUGUUCUA